AUGGCGUCCGAUAACAAUGGAGCGGAAAUAGAGGCGUUGUCGGACGAGAACGAGUUUUCAUCGGGGAGGGGUUUGGGUGGGCGCAAGUACAGGCCAGUGUUCGCGCACGACCAUGAUCGAGCUGUUCUCGAGAUGUCCUCGAUUGAUCCGAGUAUCCAUCCGUCGUCUUCAGCUUCUGGGAACGGCCCAAAUGAUCUCAAAAAACUUAGAGUGGACGUUGGAUCAAGUAAAGGCUCUGAGGGAAGUGAUGGACGAGUACCUAAUCAUGAAAGUGUCAAUGGUUCUCAGACCGAUUCCAAAUUGGAAUUGUUUGGUUUUGACUCGCUUGUUAAUAUUUUGGGGCUCAAAAGUAUGGCAGGUGAUCAGAUUCAAGCACCAUCCAGUCCUAGAGAUGGAGAUGAUGCUCCAAUUGAGCGUCCACAGGCCAACAGUGUCAAAUUGGGGACUAUGAUGGGAGUGUUUGUUCCUUGUCUGCAAAACAUUUUAGGGAUUAUUUACUACAUCAGAUUUUCAUGGAUCAUAGGUAUGGCUGGGAUUGGGCAAUCAUUGUUGCUGGUCGCUUUCUGUGGUUCUUGUACUUUCCUUACAACUUUAUCUUUGAGUGCAAUAGCUACUAAUGGCGCAAUGAAGGGAGGAGGACCCUAUUAUCUCAUUGGUCGUGCCCUAGGUCCGGAAGUUGGAGUGAGCAUCGGUUUGUGUUUUUUCCUUGGAAAUGCUGUUGCUGGUGCACUUUAUGUUCUGGGAGCUGUGGAGACAUUUCUAAAUGCUAUACCUCAGGCUGGAAUUUUUAGAGAUUCGACAACUUUUGUGAGAGUAAACGGCACAGACAUUGCACAACCUAUUACCAGCCCAAGCUUACAUGACCUGCAAGUUUAUGGGAUUAUUGUGACAAUCAUUCUAUGCUUCAUAGUAUUUGGUGGAGUAAAAAUGAUCAACAGAGUUGCACCAGCCUUUCUCUUACCUGUGCUGUUCUCUUUGUUUUGCAUAUUUGUGGGGAUAUUUUUAGCUAGAGAUAAUUAUCCUGCAGAUGGUAUCACUGGGUUGAGUAUGGAAUCUUUUAAGGAUAAUUGGAGUUCAGAUUAUCAAAUGACGAACAAUGCUGGAAUACCAGACCCUAAUGGGAAAAUAUACUGGAGUUUCAAUGCAUUGGUUGGGCUCUUUUUCCCUGCUGUAACGGGGAUUAUGGCAGGUUCAAACCGGUCUGCCUCACUUAAGGACACUCAGCGUUCAAUUCCUGUUGGGACUUUAGCUGCAACUUUAACUACUUCAGGUCUAUAUCUAGUUACCGUGCUUUUUUUCGGAGCUCUUGCCACCAGGGAGAAACUUCUGACAGACAGGUUACUUACAGCUACUGUUGCCUGGCCUGUUCCUGCAGUCACUUAUAUCGGUAUCAUUCUAUCAACUUUAGGUGCAGCCCUUCAGAGCCUAACUGGUGCCCCUCGUCUUUUGGCCGCAAUAGCCAAUGACGAUAUUUUACCUGUUCUUAACUACUUUAAGGUGGCCGAUGGGAGUGAGCCCCACAUUGCUACUUUGUUCACGGCUUUCCUCUGUAUUGGAUGUGUUGUUAUCGGCAAUUUGGAUCUUAUUACCCCUACCGUAACAAUGUUUUACCUUCUGUGUUAUGGGGGUGUCAAUUUGUCCUGCUUCCUUUUGGAUCUUUUGGAUGCUCCCAGCUGGCGCCCUCGAUGGAAAUUUCACCACUGGAGUAUCUCCCUUGUCGGAGCAUUAAUUUGCAUAGUCAUCAUGUUUUUGAUUUCUUGGACAUUCACAGUGGUUGCUCUUGCCCUAGCAACCCUCAUAUAUUACUAUGUCAGUAUCAAAGGGAAAGCCGGGGACUGGGGAGAUGGUUUCAAGAGCGCGUACUUUCAACUCGCUCUUCGUAGUCUACGGUCUUUAGGAGCAAGCCAGGUGCACCCCAAGAACUGGUACCCAAUCCCCCUCGUGUUCUGCCGGCCGUGGGGCAAGCUUCCCGAGAAUGUCCCGUGCCACCCGAAACUUGCCGACUUUGCAAACUUCAUGAAGAAGAAAGGCCGCGGGAUGUCCAUAUUCGUGUCGAUCCUCGAUGGGGACUACCAUGAGAUGGCUGAGGAUGCAAAGGCCGCCUGUCGAGCACUCAGCACGUACAUCGAGUACAAACGGUGUGAAGGCGUGGCAGAGAUAGUGGUGGCCCCCACCAUGUCUGACGGUUUUCGAGGCAUUAUUCAGACGAUGGGCCUGGGAAAUUUGAAGCCCAAUAUUGUCGUAAUGCGCUAUCCGGAGAUUUGGCGCCGGGAGAAUCUAACCGAGAUUCCUGCCACUUUUGUUGGGAUUAUCAACGACUGUAUUGUUGCCAAUAAGGCGGUUGUUAUAGUCAAGGGCUUGGAUGAGUGGCCCAACGAGUACCAGCGGCAGUACGGGACGAUUGACCUGUAUUGGAUCGUGAGGGAUGGUGGUCUCAUGCUCUUGCUAUCUCAGCUGCUCUUGACGAAGGAGAGCUUCGAUAGCUGUAAGAUUCAGGUGUUUUGCAUUGCCGAAGAGGAUUCAGAUGCUGAGGAGCUCAAGGCUGACGUGAAGAAAUUCCUGUACGACCUCCGAAUGCAGGCUGAGGUGAUUGUGAUCUCGAUGAAGUCGUGGGAUGCUAGAGCCGAGCAGCAGGACGAGUCGUCGGUUGAGGCUUUCAGUGGGGCCCGCGAGAGGAUUUCGAAUUACCUGGCCUCCAUGAAGGAGAGGGCCGAGCAUGAUGGGACACCUGGCUUGAUGAUGGCUGACGGGAAGCCAGUGGUUGUAAACGAGCAGCAAGUGGAGAAGUUUUUGUACACGACACUUAAGCUUAACUCGACGAUUUUGAAGUACUCGAGAAUGGCGGCAGUUGUGCUCGUGAGCCUUCCGCCGCCGCCACUGAACCACCCGGCGUAUUUUUACAUGGAGUAUAUGGACCUGCUUGUGGAGAAUGUGCCGAGAAUGUUGAUAGUGAGGGGGUACCGUAGAGAUGUCGUCACUUUGUUUACGUAA